GGACGGAUCCAGGAGCAGGUUUCCUUCGCAGUCAAUUUGAGAAUGCUACCUGCCGACACGCAGCUUCGGGGGUUGGAAGCCAGGACCGCAACGUAAAGGGUGGCAAGGGAAAAGGCAGGGCCGUUGAUGCAGACAAGCAAGCAGACAAUGGAACCGAAAACGGCGAGGCAAAAUCGGACAUCAAGGGUAAAGGAAAGGCGAUUGAUACCAACGGAGAGACGUCGGAACAAGCAAACGAUGGAAACCGGCGCGAAAACCCUAGGACUACCCAUGGUCCUCGUCGCUCGCGUCUUCUCAGCUUCGAUGAAAUUCGAUGAAGCCCGGUACUGGGAUAUCAUUGAUAACAGACCCAGGCUCUCACGGCCCAGUUCUCCAGUGUACGAGGGGUUCAACCCCGCCAACUCCUGCGCCAACUCCGUCUUGGCCAAUGAAUCCCUACUGCCCUCUCCUCGCAGCACGAACACUCCGUCCCCCACGAUUCCACACGAGGACAGUCUAACACUAGCCGAGCAAUCGCAAGAGCAACGUCACAAUGAGCAGUGGCGCAGAGUACAGCAAGAUGAGGGUGAGAGACACAGGUCAACAGUAUGGACGAUACGGUAUGAACUUCAUGCAGUCUACCAGGGAAGAUUCCCCACUCCUGUAGACGAAGAUCGUGUUGGACAGGCGCGGAUUGCCGCUGGGCAAGCACAUGCAAGGCAGUUUACUGCUAAUUUGAAUAGAGCAAACUCCUUCGCGCCUUCAGAUGCCGCCUCCGGCGGAGUAGCAGGUCCAUCUCGAUCCAGCCCAAGUCCAACCGACGCAGGGACAUCUCGCCCUCCUUCCCGCCCAAGUACUCCCACAAGACCGUCCCAAGCAGUUCCAUCUCAUCGCAGCCCAAGUUCGACCAACGCACGGAGAUUUCGCUUUCCCUACGGCUCACCUGCACAUGUUCCCACAAGACCAUCUCAACCAGGACCCUCGCGAACACGCCGAUCUCCUGCUGGUGGAAGUUCGACCCAAGCAAGGACGUAUCACUCUCGAUACGGCUCAUCUGCAAACGCUCCCACUAGAUCGUUUCAUGGAGGACCCUGGCGAGCAGGACCGUCUCAAGCAGGACCGUCUCAAGCAGGACCGUCUCAAGCAGGACCGUCUCAAGCAGGACCGUCUCAAGCAGGACCGUCUCAAACAAGACCCUCACGAGCACGCCCAUUUCGAUCCCGUUCCGGUCCACCGGCAAACGCACCAACUGAACCUCUCGCUAUGCGACCGAAUAGGUCGAGCGCACGUCACAGUGAGAGUCGGCGUGAACAGGGGGAUGUCGGAAAGGGGAAGGAGAGGGAGAGGGACGGCGACACCGAGGAUGAGGGUGAAGAGUAGGUAGCGUCGUUGGCGUGGGACGAGUGGGUGAGUCCGUCGGCGCUGGCGAAUGUGGAUUUGGUGUCAGGCGUUCGGGACGGAAAGGAAGGCGUCUUGGGAUUGGAGUUCGGCGGUUUGAAAGUUGAAGGCUGGUGUGCGGUGUGUGGUGUUCGAAUGGAGUUCUGGAACCUCUAGUUGGGUGGUGUUGGGUCGUGCUUGGCGUUUGGAUGGUUUCGUUGUUGUUUUUGAAAUGCCAUAACCUAAACGAAGGAUGAUGGCUGAAGUGGCGUUUUUGAUAUUUAUAGAUGAUUUCUAUAGACAUUGAAGUAUGAUGGAUGGGGAAAUGUUACCAGCUUCAUCAUGGAAGACCUGGGCGCUGGCACAGGCCGGAUCGCAUAGUACCUACGAAGCGCAGCAUGAUAUAGCAAUUUGAGAAUAUGGACACACUUGUGACCUUCAGACAGAACGUAUCCGCCUCAUCGUGACCCAACUUGAUCAUUG